AUGGCUCCCCACGCUCCAACGUCGGUGGCUGCCACGGCCCCUCUGGCCGGUGUCCUCCCCGCUACGAUGUUGGCGGCCGCCCCGGCCUCUUCGGCUCCUCCUGCUAGCGACCCCGCUCGGGCGGUGGAGGCCACCUCGGCUGCUCCUGUCGGCGCUCCCGCUCCGACGACGCCGGCCUCUCAGGCUCCUUCUGCCGGCGCUGCCCUAGCCCAUCCGCCGGCGCCCUCUGCCGAAGACGUCUCUGCGGUCUACCUCGCCUCCCGCAAGGCCGACCCGGCAGUGCGGGGACGCUUUGCCUCACGCAAGCUUCCCUCCAUGACCGAGAUGCCAGCCAGCUCCGAUCUCGUCCUGCCAACUCCGACGCCUACCACGCCGGCCGUCGUUGCUGCCGAAGACAACAGCCUUCGGGGGGCUGCCUCUGAUGGCCCCGCUUCAGACAAGGACAACGGCGUGCCCGCUGCUGUAGCUUCCCACGCUGUUGUUGCGGGCGACGGGCACGUCAUGCAGGGCGCCUCUAUCGGGAGUGUUUUGGUGAGAGCGGAGGCCGCUCUCGCCAAACUUGAGGUGGUGCCGGAUGUGUCUUCGCUGCCUGAGCUUCAGAUUGGGGUUGCCCCUGAUUUGUCCCCAUCCCCUGAGAUCAUGGUCGUGCCUCCGGUGCUGCAGAUUAUGCCUGAGCUGCAGAAGCUUUGUUGGGAGCCCACUUCGCCUAUUUCAAUGGUGCUUCCUAAGGAGAUGGGGUCGCUUGGAGGGGACUUGGCGAUGCCGACUGCGACCUCACCGUUGUCGUUGGAGCCCAGUCAGCCACUCGCCUAUGUGGACAGUGGAGGUUUGGAUGUUGCUAUUGCUCUCUCACCUGAGGUUGUUGCCCAGGUGGCAUCCGUGGGUGCCGAGGUUGAUGAGAUAGGUGCUUUGGCAGCUACUUCUGAGGCGCCGAAGCCCAUUCGGUCGUCCAUCUUUGACCGUGACGCUAUGUUGGCACGUAUUGACGAGGUGGUCUUCGUGAAAAAGCUUGACUGUUUGCUCGCCUCCUUGGAGGCAACUUGUCCUGGGUCUCGCAAUGUGAUUGCUUGCCUCCUAGUGGAUGAGGUUUCUACAGGCAAAAUAAAGAAGGUGAAGAAGGCUCUCAGGAGCAUAGGCAAGAAGAGUGGCGCCAUUGAUAAGGCGUCUGCGGCUGCUUAA